CGGGCCAUCUGCGCGCUGGCAGGCUGGUGAGUCUCCGCCCGCGGAGCUUCCGAGAUCCCUGCGGCGCUCCCGGCGGCUGGGCCCGGCGGACGGGGAGCAGCAGCGGCUGGCCUCCCAGGGACCUUUAUCCAGGAGUGCGGUGAACUGAGUGAAAUGACAGUUCUCCAGUCCUGCCUCGGAUAAACUACCUGCUCUAUGUAAUUUAAGAGAACAGUCGAGGCACGCUCUGUUCUGCUUUCGAAAAGGCCAAGGUCUGAAGGUGGAGGAAAGAUUAGACACGUUCCUGGGGAAAGUGAGCAAUCUGUCUAACCAAAGCAGAGAUGUCAGCUUAUUUAUAGGAAUUGCUUGAAGCCAGAGUCAUGGUGGAUGUAGGAAAGUGGCCAAUCUUCACUUUGCUCUCACCUCAGGAAAUUGCAUCUAUUCGGAAAGCAUGUGUCUUUGGCACCUCAGCCAAUGAAGCAUUGUACGUUACUGACAAUGAUGAGGUCUUUGUAAUUGGACUGAACUAUAGUAACUGUCUAGGAACUGGAGAUAACCAGAGUACACUUGUACCCAAAAAGCUAGAAGCCUUAUGUGGAAAGAAGAUUAAAAGCCUUAGUUAUGGGAGUGGACCACAUGUUCUCCUUAGCACUGAAGAUGGAGUUGUUUACGCCUGGGGUCACAAUGGAUAUAGCCAGCUUGGGAAUGGGACAACCAACCAAAACAUUGCUCCCAUCCAAGUUUGUACCAAUCUCUUGAUCAAGCAAGUGGUUGAAGUAGCUUGCGGCUCACAUCAUUCAAUGGCUCUGGCAGCUGAUGGAGAGGUGUUUGCGUGGGGCUAUAACAACUGUGGCCAGGUGGGUUCAGGGUCAACAGCAAAUCAGCCAACUCCUCGCAAAGUUACAAACUGUUUACAUAUUAAGAGGGUGGUAGGCAUCGCCUGUGGUCAGACCUCGUCCAUGGCUGUUCUAGACAACGGUGAGGUGUAUGGCUGGGGUUACAAUGGCAAUGGCCAGCUGGGCUUGGGAAACAAUGGCAACCAGCUGACCCCUGUGAGAGUGGCAGCCUUGCACAGCGUGUGUGUGAACCAGAUUGUCUGCGGUUAUGCACACACUCUAGCACUAACAGAUGAGGGCUUGCUCUAUGCCUGGGGAGCUAACACGUAUGGGCAGCUGGGAACUGGCAAUAAAAAUAAUCUGCUAAGCCCAGCACACAUCAUGGUGGAGAAAGAAAGGGUAGUAGAGAUUGCAGCCUGCCACUCUGCCCACACUUCUGCCGCCAAGACCCAGGGGGGCCACGUGUACAUGUGGGGCCAGUGCCGGGGCCAGUCGGUGGUCCUGCCUCACCUCACCCACUUCUCCUGCACGGACGACGUGUUUGCCUGCUUUGCCACUCCCGCCGUCUCGUGGCGCCUCCUGUCUGUAGAGCAUGAAGACUUUUUAACAGUUGCAGAGUCACUGAAGAAAGAAUUCGACAGUCCAGAAACUGCUGACCUAAAGUUUCGAAUUGAUGGGAAAUAUAUCCAUGUCCAUAAAGCUGUUUUGAAAAUCAGGUGUGAGCACUUUCGAUCCAUGUUCCAGUCUUAUUGGAAUGAGGACAUGAAAGAAGUGAUAGAAAUAGACCAGUUUUCUUAUCCAGUGUAUCGUGCCUUCCUCCAGUACCUCUACACAGACACAGUUGACCUGCCACCUGAAGAUGCUAUAGGUCUUUUGGAUUUGGCGACAUCUUACUGUGAAAACAGACUGAAAAAACUCUGUCAGCACAUUAUCAAGCGAGGAAUCACUGUAGAGAAUGCCUUUUCAUUAUUCUCUGCUGCAGUCAGAUAUGAUGCGGAGGAUUUAGAAGAAUUCUGCUUUAAGUUUUGCAUCAAUCAUUUGACAGAAGUUACACAGACUGCAGCAUUUUGGCAAAUGGAUGGCCCUCUGCUAAAGGAAUUCAUUGCUAAAGCCAGUAAAUGUGGAGCCUUUAAGAACUGAAGCCAAGGCUGCUGCGUUUUGUGUGACUGCUCUGGGGCAGUGGUGAUGGUGUGUCCUUUGUGCUCUACAGGUGACGUAAUUCUGCAGGUAAAAAACCCAUCAGGUUGUGUUUUUCACAUGUGAGACACAGUUCUCUGCAUAGGAAUAUAUGAAUGAUGUAUGGCUUUUCCUGAACCUAUUUUAAACAAUGUAUUUUAAAAGUGACUAUAGGUUUGUCUGGAACAUUGUAAAAGGGGUAACGUUCAGCUGGGGUUUUUUUCUUCAUUUUUGAUUGGAGGAAUUUCUGAACUUGGAAAGGGGAAGUUUGUGGCAACUCUCCUGGCUCACAUAUCAACAACCUUUUUGACACUAGGAGUUGAGAUAGUUUGUGAAUUGUGAGGUAGACAUAGCUGCCCCACCGUGAAUUAAAGAUGUGACUUGCUGACUUGGGGGCUUGUUGAAGUACUACAGUGGUUGCUAGUUCAACUGCCUUACUGUGAAGGAAUGGUUGAGAUUGUUUGAGGCUUUUGUUGUGUGUUUGCACUAUGUAUGGACUUUUUAAAAACUUCAUAGUGUAUGAAAAUAAUAUUCAGUUUAAUAUGAGUUAAUCUAUUAAAAUGAUAAUUAUGUAGCGAUAAAUUUCUAGGUUAGCCAAAAUUUCUCUUUAAGACUUAAACACACAAAGAGUACUAAUUUAGAACUGCCUAGGAAGAGUUGAUAAUGAAGGAAACUUUGUUUGGACAAAGGUUUUUGUCCAAAUCAGAAUCUCCACUAUUAUCUCAUGGUGUUUUAUUAAGAUAAAAUUUUAGGACUGAAGUUUAAAUGCCCCCCACCCCUUUACCGUUAAUGCUAAUCAUAAGAGGAAAAUAAUGACAUAUCCGAUAUACUCUUGCCUUCCUGAAUUCUGGCUGCUAAACCAUCAGAUCGGCUACAUCUGACUCAAAGAAGUAGUUCUUAAAACCAACACCCUUACAGGACUUCAUUUUAUCUCUUUUACCUAGGCCAAAUCCAUCACCAAUUUGCUUAUUUGUAACUUAACCAGCUUUCAUUUUUGAUUUCCUCUCCUUUUAACUGUGGUAGGUCUAAUAUUUACCACAAUUGAACUUUGAAAAAGGAUCAAAAUUAUGGUUUUCUUGGUUGUUUUGGGGGUCUGGUUAUGAAGUGUGAUUUGGAAGGUAAGAAUGAGUUUUAUCAUGUGUUUCCAUUAAGCUUAAUUUAAGAACAAAGUUUUGUUCUGCUCUCCGGCCCACGGACUCAUUUCCAUUUGUGGGAGUUCUCUUAGUGAACUCUGUUUCCUGCUUGGAAGGUCCAUCCAUCUGAACUUGGAGCCUAAAUACAUUUUCAGAGCCAAAUUCACAAGAGGGUGAAAACAUGUGGCAGCUACUAUUGUUAGCAAUGUUUUUAAGUGUGUGUGGUGGCGGGAGAGUGAAGACCCAUAGAUAGUCCAUUCAUUGAUAGAAUAUAUACAAACCUAAAUAGAGGUCUCAGCCCCCUUUUCUUCACCAUAUUGCAAAUGAUUGAAGCCCAGUGCAUUAUUAGGUUAAGAAUUAGUUCUGCAACAUGAUAGAAUUUUUCUUACUAAGUUGAUAAGUGCACAUUCAUUUGAUUGUUAGUUAUGAUGGGUAGUGUUUGUAACAAUCACUGUUCUGUAGGCUUACGAUCUGGACAAAACAAGAACUUCAGUAUGUUUACUAUUGCUCUUACUUGAAAAAAAAACUUAAAAAAUAAAGCACAAAUUAAAAUAGUAGGUCCUAAUAUAGGUGAACCACCACUUCUCAUAUUACUGAGUAAUUUGUAUGAGUAUGUAUGUAGUGAAGAGAACAGGAAUAAGUCCUUCAAAAAGUACUUGAGUAUCCUUUUUUUUUAAAUACACUUAUUUUUCUACUUGGUUUUGUUGUUAAUCAUAGAGGAGAUGAAAACUAUUCUUUGAAUUGCUUUUUUCAUCUGAUGUAAUAAUGAAAGCCAAAGUAUUCAUAUUUCUUAAAAUAGCCCUAAAUGUACUCUUGAACUUCUUACUGGAACUUGUUUGAUACGCUAGUAUAUAGGUUGUAUUUAUGUAAUGUUUAGAAUGAUGUUAAUAAAUAAUGUUAAAACAG